ACCCUCUUUCUGCUCUGCAUUUCUCACCUUUUAGCAAUCGAUUUUGCACUAUUUGUAUUCUUAUAGCACACCACCAUUCGUUUUUUAUUCCUUUUUCACAACUACGCUUUUACUAUGAAAUACCUUGAUAUAGAAUCACUCAGAAACCUCAACUCGCGCCUUUCUUUCCCAACCAGCAGCGGCGACCGACAUGUGCUGGGAAGGGUAGAGUCGUAUUCAUGCAAGGUGGCCGGCGCAGAUAAGAAGUUGUAUCGGCUCCUCGAACAGAAACACCAGGAGGACCUCGAGGAGGCCAAGGGCCUGUCUCCUGAGCAGAGCUCGCUGACCAACACUUUCUCUCCGUUUGGGCCACUCACCCAGUCAGCAUCACGCAAAACACUGUUUUAUCUUCUCGCGACACUCAACGCGAGCUUCCCGGACUAUGACUUUAGCUCUGUGCCUGCCGACCGAUUCACAAAAGAACCUUCGCCGGACUCUGCAAUAAAGUCAAUCAACAACACACUGGUGAAUGUUGGUUCCCCCGCUACGCUCCGGGUUGUCCGGAUGUGGGAUAGCAUCGACGAGAUUAUUAAUAUUGACGAGUGCAGUGUUUAUUCGUACACGCCCGACGACGAGUCCAACCACUACGAGGACGAGAAUCCAGUUUGGUCUUUCAACUAUUCUUCUUCAACAAGAACCUCAAGCGCAUCGUGUUUUUCACCUGCCGCUGCAUCAGCAACAUGACGAGCUCGACGAUACCAGUGACCAGGAGCUUAUUUUCGGAGAUCUGGUCGACGAGUCUGUCGAGACUGAGUUCUACCCCACCUCCCAGAACGCCCUCAGGA